GAGUGAAUGAAAGAAGCUUGGUUCCAAAGCUGUUCAAGAAGCUUGGUCCCAAAGCUAUCCUAAUCCUAAUAAGAUGCAAUUGUGAUAUAUGGAAAUACGUAAAAAAGAUCUAGAGUAAUCCAAAAUAUACAAAAUAUUUGUUAACAAUUAAAAAUAUGGAGAUUUGUAUCUAUCAAUACAAAGAUCUAGAAUGUUCCGAAAUAUAGCAUCGAGACCUGAGGUCUUUAUUAUAUAUAUGUAUUCGUAGUUUCAAUCAAAAUACAUCUUAUUUCAUAUCCCUAAUCUCCCUAUAUCUUUCUCUUGCUCCGCCGCCGUAAACUUCCUCUUAUUGACAAGAUGGCCGUCACAGAAGGACAACAAGUCAUGGCUCUCAUCAGCAAGCGUCUCCGUGCUCACCGCAAGAGGUACAACCGUAUUACUGAGAUGGAAGAGGCGGUCUCUCAGGGCAAAACCCUAAACAAGGAGCAACAAGAAGCCAUCCGCUCGAAGCCAAUCGUUACCGCCCUUAUUGAAGAGCUCGAGAAGCUCCGUCUUCCCCCUUCUCCUCCUCCUUCCACGGCCGGUUCAGAAGAGAUCAACCUCCCUGCUAAGAAAAAGGAACGUAAGGAGGAAGCCGAGGAGGAAAAUUUAACUGAGAAAGACGUGACGGACCCUGAGGGUUGCAAGAUAUCUGAUGGUCUCGAUGCUGGUGAGGUCUCCAAGGACAAUAUUUCUCCGUGUAGCGUGAGCUCACAAGAUGGUACGACGUCGCCGCCCCCAGCGACUAAUGCAAAGCCACGACGUAAACGGAAUAAGGCCAAGAAACCUAAGACUUCGAACUGAUCGAGUCUCCCACUUUUGUACGAAGCGGAAGUACAUUGCGAAACUAUGAAUUGCUUUGGUCACAAUCCUGCAGUUUCCUUUUAGUGUUCUUCCGCUUGUUCACAAGAGCAUUUUGCGUUUGAGCUUUCUUUCUACUAAUUCAUUAUGGAAUUUAUUACUAGAGAAUUGUUUCGUCGCCUCGAGUGUUUUCAUUCCUAUGGAAUACAAUCUAUAUUAUGCUAAGAUUUAUUUA